AUGUCAGAUAGAUAUGAGAUUUUGGGUAUAGCUUUGAGACUCGUAGCAGCAGCUUCGUUAUCAUUUCUUUCUGUUCGGUAUAUGGUUAAACACUUGGAUCCAUCCUAUGCUGCGAAAGAAGAGAAUAAGAAAAAGGUGGCGAAGCUGUUUGAAGAGCUUGGAAUAGAACAUUCUGUGGAUUUAGACGAGCAUGAGCUUAAGAUCGCUAUGCAGCUCGUGAGCAGCGAGGAUGAUGGUGCGAGCUGGGAUGAAAUCGGUGGGUAUGGCGAUUUGGUCAAUGAGUUGCAGGACAGGAUCAUUCUUCCCCUGAGACUUGCUUCUCAGACAACUAAUAACUUGCUUUACCCUCCUAAAGGAGUCUUACUCUAUGGCCCUCCAGGCUGCGGUAAAACUCUGUUAGCUAAAGCAUUGGCGAGAGCAGCAAAAUGCAGAUUUAUCAACUUACAAGUCUCAAAUUUGACUGAUAAAUGGUACGGCGAGUCUCAAAAACUUGCUGCAGCAGUGUUCAGUGUCGCUGCGAAGUUCCAACCAACUAUCAUAUUUAUUGAUGAAAUAGAUUCGUUUUUGAGAGAUCGACAAUCGCACGAUCACGAAGCAACUGCUAUGAUGAAAGCUCAGUUUAUGACAUUAUGGGAUGGUUUCGCGAGCACAAAUGAUCAAAUAAUAGUUAUUGGAGCAACCAAUAGACCUGGUGAUGUUGAUACGGCAAUUUUACGGCGACUCCCUGCCAAGUUUAAGGUUGAUCUUCCGAACCGUUAUCAACGAUUAGAGAUUCUAAAGGUUAUUCUUAAAAACCACGAUACAUCAGCAAUUACAUUAGACUCGAUAGCUUCAUCUUCGGAAGGCCUCUCGGGUUCAGAUCUGAAAGAAGUUUGCCGCAUUGCUGUUGUGAACAGAGCUAAGCUUUCUCUAAACGCCUCAGGAAGACUGGAUGACUUUGCCAAAAUAGAAGAACAAGAUUUAGCUAGUGCUAUUCAGAAAUAUCGAAGAGAUCUCAUGAUGAUGUCGGACCACCUUCUAGAUUAG